CGUCCUUUCCUGCUCUGUUCUUCCUGCUGCAGGAUGGCAGCGUUCGUCAAAUAUCUCCUCUCUGUGAAGAACUAUUUCAUCCUCUUCUCCGCUCCGUUUCUUUUGCUGCCUUUACCUCUCAUCAUUGGCACACCGGAGGCAGAAUGUGCCUAUGUGAUCAUCUUGAUGGCGGUGUACUGGUGUACAGAAGUCCUGCCUCUGGCAGUAACAGCACUUUUACCAGCACUUCUCUUCCCUUUGUUUGGAAUAAUGCAGUCCAAAGAUGUGUGUAUGCAGUACCUCAAGGACACUAACCUGCUGUUCGUCGGUGGACUGAUGGUGGCUGUCGCAGUGGAGCACUGGAACCUGCACAAACGGAUCGCCCUGAGGGUGCUGCUGUUCGUCGGUGUGCGUCCAGCUCUGUUGAUGUUGGGCUUCAUGAGCGUAACAGCCUUUCUGUCCAUGUGGAUCAGCAACACUGCCACCACGGCCAUGAUGGUACCCAUCGUUCAAGCAGUGCUGCAGCAGCUGAACAACAGUAAAGACGAUGCUUCUCAAACCCACGGCUCAGAGGAGCAGCUCUCACCACCAGAGGUCGAUGACAAACAGACGGAGAAACCAAGUGAAACACAAGGUCCGGUGGUGAUAACAUUCUUAGACGCUGCAACAGAGGCUGCCAAGAUGAAAGAGGCGGCCGAGAGGAAAACCAUGUGUAAAGGAAUGACUCUGUGUGUCUGCUAUGCUGCCAGCAUUGGUGGCACUGCCACUCUGACGGGGACUGGACCCAAUCUGGUGCUGAAGGGCCAGAUGAACCAACUGUUUCCUGACAAUGGAGAUGUGAUUAAUUUUGCCUCCUGGUUCGGCUUCGCCUUCCCAAACAUGGUGCUAAUGCUAAUACUAGCCUGGUUCUGGCUCCAGUUUGUCUUCAUGGGAUUUAACUUCAGGAAGACGUUGGGCUGUGGAUCUGUGAAGACUGAGAAGGAAAUCGCCGCCUACAACGUGAUCCGUGAGCAGCACCGAAUGCUGGGGCCCAUGUCUUUUGGUGAGAUCAAUGUGCUGGCUCUCUUCAUUUUGCUGGUUUUGCUGUGGUUCACCAGGGACCCGGGCUUCGUCGACGGCUGGGCGACACAUAUCUUCAACUCCAGCGCAGAGUACGUGACAGACGCCACCGUGGCAAUCUUCAUUGCUGUGCUGCUCUUUGUUCUGCCCUCUAAACCACCGCGCUGCACAUCAUGGAGGACUUGGAGUUUUGACACAAUACCUCACUCCACUGAUGCAACUCCACCUCUGCUGACCUGGAAAAUUGCCCAGAAGAAGUUACCCUGGGGGAUUGUGCUUCUUCUGGGGGGUGGCUUUGCUUUGGCCAAAGGCAGUGAAGAAUCAGGACUUUCUAAAUGGAUGGGUGACCAAAUGACUCCCCUGCAAACUAUCCCUCCCUGGGCAAUUGCUAUGAUUUUGUGUCUGCUGAUUGCUACCUUUACGGAGUGCACAAGUAAUGUGGCAACUGCAACGCUGUUCCUACCUGUCCUGGCCUCCAUGUCCCAGUCCAUCCAGAUGAACCCUCUGUAUGUCAUGGUGCCGUGUACUCUCAGCGCUUCGUUUGCCUUCAUGCUCCCAGUGGCUACACCACCCAACGCCAUCGUUUUCUCCUACGGCUACCUCAAAGUCUCUGACAUGGCCAGGACAGGAUUUGUCAUGAACAUCAUUGGAAUCCUGUGCAUCACAUUAGCCAUCAACAGCUGGGGCAGAGCGAUGUUUGAUUUGGAUUCCUUCCCUACCUGGGCCAAUAGCACCGGGGCAUGAUCCAGGUUCUCAUCACUAACCAUGACCCAGACACCCAAAGACCCAGCUCUCAACACUAUUCAUGUCCCACUCAAAUGGUAAAUGGGCAAAACGGCAUCGACGCUUACACGGUUUGUGAGUGUCUGGUUACGCCCACGUGCGUUUGAUUGUGGGAAAACGUGGUGUUGAGAAUGACAGGGG